AUGAAGUCCGUCGCCGUCUUCACGAUUCUCCUAGCGACGCAAGCAUGCGCCAACAUCCUGUUCCCAUUCGUCCAGCCGACCUGCGACUUCAGUCUGUCGAAGCAUCAGGGCUGCUUGAGCGGGCAGAUAUGUAUUGCCAACAACACGUGUAUUCCGGCAAAGCGUGUUGCAGACCUCCAACUUCGAGACUCUGCUCCUCGACCUGACGGCAGAUGUGGCAAAGACUUCGAUGGAGCGACCUGCGAUCCAGAGGGCGAGUACGGCGGAUGCUGCAGUCAGUAUGGAUUCUGCGGGAAAAAGGAGGGCCACUGCUUGAAGAGCAACGGAUGCCAGAGUGGCUGCGACGAAGAUGGAGGCGACUUGCCACCUACCUCGACCACUGUCCCCGACUCGAGUGGUGCACAGUCGAGCGAACCAGUGAUGGGCUCCCCCACUGCUGCACCCGACGGCGAUGGCCCUGCUACCACCGACGGGACUUGUGGCGCGGAAAACGGCGGCACUAUCUGUGGCGACUGGCCUCGAGGCAGCUGCUGUUCUAUGUAUGGCUUCUGCGGCAACUCUUCGACUCACUGUGGCGAAGGCUGCCAGUCUGGCCCAUGCGACCAAGAGCCUACAACCCCAGCUCCAGGUCCGAAGCCCGCGAUGGCCAACGCCAAUCCUGGCACAUUGAAAGUCGUGGGAGACUCUGGAGUUCCGGCAAUGCACGCUGGUCUCUUGCCGAAUGGUCGAGUCAUUUUCUUGGACAAGGUAGAGGACUACUCGAAGCUCAACUUGUCGAAUGGCCACUAUGCAUACAGCUCGGAGUACGAUCCUGCAACAAACGAGGUGGUUCCCUUGGCUUACAACACGAACGCUUUUUGUGCUGGUGGCAUCUUUCUUGCCAAUGGAACCUUUAUGUCCAUCGGUGGCAAUGGUCCGCUCGUCGACAUCGACGACAGCGUUGGAGACGGCUUCGCAGGUCUGCGAUGGCUGACUCGGUCAAUCGAUGACGACUCACUCAAUGGGCAAGAUUGGAUCGAGACGAACGACAAGCUCGACACGAAGCGCUGGUAUGCAAGUGCGCAGACUAUGCCAGACGGAACGAUCUUUGUCGCCUCAGGCAGCUUGAACGGCUUGGAUCCGAGAGUGCGUGCUAACAACAACCCUACGUACGAGAUACUCAACCGAGAUGGCAUCUCCAACGGCGAGUCGAUUCCGAUGGACAUACUCUACAAAGCCGACGCCUAUUAUAUGUAUCCGUUCAUCCACCUUCUCAACGACGGUACACUCUUCGUCUUUGUGUCGAGAUUCUCGGAGAUCUUCGACGUGGGCAAGAACGAGACCGUGAAGACUUUCGACGAGCUUUCUGGCACCUACCGCACAUAUCCCAAUACUGGUGGAUCUGUGCUACUUCCUCUGUCUUCCGCCAAUGGCUGGCAUGCAGAUGUCAUCAUCUGCGGCGGAGGAUCAUAUCAGGACAUCACGUCUCCGACGGACCCUUCCUGCGGCAGAAUCCGUCCACAACAGGAGGAUGCCAAGUGGGAGAUGGACAGCAUGCCGCAAGGCCGAGGCAUGGUGGAGGGUACCCUCCUGCCCGACGGCAGCGCCGUCUGGGUCAACGGAGCCAACCUAGGAGCUCAAGGAUUCGAACUGGCAGAAGAUCCGACACUGGAAGUUCUCAUCUACGAGCCUGCUGCCGAGCUGGGAAAGAGAUGGACGACUGGGCCGAAGAGCGACAUCCCACGCCUUUAUCACUCGGUCGCCCUUCUGCUUCUCGAUGGCACUCUCAUGAUAGCAGGAAGCAAUCCUGUGCAGAUGCCAAAGCUGGAACCCGAUGCCGAGGACCCGUACGCCACGGAGUUCAGGGUCGAGAUCUAUACGCCUCCAUACCUUUCCGGCGACGAUGCCAACCGUCGACCCACGGACAUUGUGCUUUCGACUCUUGACCUCAAGUCUGAUUCAUCGACGUUCGAUGUCACCUUCAACGCCCCUGAAGGCGCAAAGGAGGUCAAGUUGGCACUGUACCACGGCGGAUUCGUCACGCAUUCUCUGCACAUGGGCCAUAGGAUGCUGUUCCUCGAUACUGAGGGCUUCAAGUCUGGAGAGAAAGAGCAGAAGAUUACGGUUACGACGCCACCGAACAGCAAUGUGGCACCGCCGGGGCCCUAUAUGGUAUAUGUGGUGGUAGAUGGUGUUCCUGGCGUUGGACAGUUCGUCAUGGUCUCGUAG